AAUAAACGAACACAUCCGUGGCGUUCCCCUGGUUCCCCCUUUGCCGCCGCCCGCGCCACUUUGAUGUGUCUGUUUUGAGUCGUCGCGCUACUGAAAGGCCCGUUCUGCGCUCUGUGACGCCUUCCACUGUUUGAUCGGACGUCCGUAUUCGAACCACAUCGGAUUUCUAGCAGCGGGUCGAGAUGGUUAUCCUAACCAGUUUUCCGCCUCCCGAGCAAGGGAUUCGCCACCGCGAAGAGGCUACGGCAGCCUACAUCCAGAGGCGAGAGCUGGGCAAAGGCACUUUGUACAUAGCCGAAAGUCGAGUGUCCUGGGUCGGAGAAAACAGUGCUGGCUUUUCUUUGGAAUAUCCGUCUGUCGCUCUGCACGCCGUGUCAAGGGACCUCAGCUCCUUCCCACAGGAAUGCCUCUACCUCAUGAUAGACGGGAACCUGGACGAAGCGGAGCCCACAACCAAUGAGAAUGGAAGCGACGCCAACGACGAUGAUGACGAGCCUGCGGCAUCUGAGAUACGGUUUGUGCCAGAGAACAAGUCUAGUUUGGACGCCAUGUACAAAGCCAUGUCCGAAUGUCAAGCCCUGCAUCCGGACCCCACUGACUCCAUUUCUGAGGAAGAGGAGGGGGAGGAGGAGGAGGGCUGCUUCGAUGACGCCGACGAGGAGGAAGAUGAUGAAGGCGCGGAGUACGACGUGCGGGCAGCCGAACAGCAGCGGGGCUGUCGGAACAUAGAGGGGGCUGGUGAAGAUGGCGACGGAGAGUGGGUGGAGCCAAACAAGCCGACAGACGAACCAAUGGAGGUCGGGCAGUUUGACGAUGCAGAGCCCGAUCAUUAGGUCCCCAUUCGCUUUAACGCGCAGCCACGUACGUCAUGUCCCUUGCAUUCACUUUGUAGAGUUUGUAUUUGCAUUGUGUGGGUCUCCUCAUCCAAUGAAGAACUGUGUGCCGGAGGUACUCGUGCCAACUGCUGUGAAUUGGGCCUGUGUCCCAUUCGAAGUGUCUGUACAUAUGAUAGAAUGGGAAUAAAAGCUUGGCUUUCUGGAAGGGGACGGAGCGGUUUUAGAGUCAACAAUUGGCUCUUUCUGUAUUUUUGUUUUGUUUAAUACAGAUGUAUUAUUGUCACGUCGGCAGCUUGGCAGAUUGGAGGAGCGUUCAAACCUGCGGAGCAUUUCAUGAAAUAAAACGUAUUGUUAUUUUUAUUACUCAAGGCACGAGAUGCCACGUGUUGGGCAAAAGUGAAACUGUGUAUGAGGUUAACCAAAGCCUUCGCAUUUUCGUGUGUUGCGCGGGUAAUGCGCGACCAUUUGUAUCUGCAUUGUUGAAAUGAAUGCUGUGCCAAAUUGAGCUGUGCCAGGCUUCCGUGGUAACCUUAAGUUACCAUGGAAGUGCCCACUAUUAUUGUUUCCAAAAUUUGGGAAUUCUGCAAAUUAUAUGUUAAGCACCUGAUUUGACCAGACAGGCACCCAUGUCUAGAUUAAUGCAAUUUUCAGUAAAAGUGGGGUGGGCACUUUCUUGGUAUAUUUGCAAGCAUACAUACCUGUUAAAUUCAAUUUUGCAAAGGGCAGAGGCUGCGCUCCAGCAAAGCAAUAGGAGCAUUGGGACGAGGCAUGUGACAACAUAUAGUAGAACCAUGUCAACAUGUCUUUUUCAGGGUAUCAUAAAAAUUUGUGUACCAAUCCAGCAAAACGUACCUCUCAAUUAUGCUUGUGGUGUCUAUGAGGCAGGAAGCAACUCUUGCACAUAAAUUUAUUUUAUAUGGACUUUCACGACUGUGGAGAGCUACCAUAUUUAUUCACAUACCGUAGGUCUUUUUUGUUUUUUGAACUGCUAUUUACAAGUAUGGGACUAUCUAUAAACUUUCCAAGCCCACUGAGCUAGCCCAGCUGCUUCCCCCACGCCUAGCAUGCUGACGCAAUGUGGUGAAGCUUGGCACUCGCCAGGGCAAUAUGGCGAAGUGCGUGAUGCAUGUGUCGCACAUGGUGCACGUCUUGAAUUUAUGUGAAAUUAAAUUAGCAGCGUCAAGAGAAGUGAGCACUGUGGCACAACGGAAGCAAGCCCAUGCUUCGGAUAAACAGAUGGAAAGAUGAACGGGCAAUGGUGACGUGGUUGGCACACAUGUCUACAUUGUCUGCCCUAGCCCGGGAGAUAGGUUUCUAGAGUUUGGAAAUUAUUUCCGUAACAUGAAAUCUGCAUUUAAUAUAUGGAUGUGAAACUCCUGUUCACAAGAUUGGCAAAAGCAUGACGUUAGAAAGCAAUGGCACACAAAAGCGAGUAAACGGUAGUAUGAGCACUAGGGACAUUUCAUUGAUUCUUUAAGCCUUUCCCAUCAAUCGUCCCCAUUCAGACAUCAUUAUCAUGACCGGUGUCUGUGUUCCUCACAGGUGUAGUACCCAACACGGUAUCUUGAAGAAAAUUGUUACAAACAAUAAAUAAAUCAUAAAAUUUUA